CUGGACCAGCAGAAACAGCUUUGAACCGGUUUCGUCGCCGGUUAGUUAGCGGUCUUGUGCUGCUUCCCCUGGUAUUGUUGAUGCGGAGGGCAGCCGAGGGAGACUCUCAAGCGAAGACAGGCCCCGCCGCGAUGUGCUGUUGACAUCCGUCCGAGCAGCUUUGAGCAGAAGCUUCAUCCUGGAUGGAAAGUUGCUGCCGAGUCUCAUCCACGCAGGCGCCUGUGGAGCCUUUUGACGCGGAGGGAUCCGUCCAGCCGUAGAAGACCUCAGCAUGUCCACCAAAGCUCUGGACGGAGGCUGGGGAUGGGCCAUCGUCGUGGCCUCUUUCGUGGCCCAGCUCCUGGCUUAUGGGUCCCCUCAGUCGAUGGGGGUCCUCUACCCUGAGUGGCUGCAUGCCUUCCAGGAGAGCAAGGGCAUGACUGCCUGGGUGGGCUCCCUCGUGGCCGGCGUGGGCCUCAUCGCCAGCCCGGUGUGCAGUGCCUGCGUGGACAACUUUGGCGCUCGUCCCGUCACCGUCUUCAGCGGCGUGAUGGUGGCCGGUGGUCUGAUGCUCAGUGCCUUCGCGCCCAACGUCCAGUUUCUCAUCUUCUCCUACGGCAUCGUGGUUGGUCUGGGCUGCGGUCUGGUCUAUGCCGCCACGUUGACAAUCACCUGUCAGUACUUUGACAAGAGACGCGGCCUUGCCCUCGGCAUUGUCACCACAGGCACCAGCGUGGGCACGUUCAUCUACGCCACGGGGCAGACCACGCUGAUCCUCCACUACGGCUUGGACGGCUGCCUGUUGAUCAUCGGCGCGGUGUCGCUGAACCUCAUUGCCUGCGCUGGCUUCAUGAGACCCCUCAUCGUGCCCAGCUACUACCUCAAACAGAGAGCGGCUCUUGAACGCAACACUGAGAAGCAGCUUUUGGAGAAGCCUCAGCUGGAUGACCUGAAGGUCACGACUGGUUCCACAGUGACGACACCAGACAAAAGCUUGACAGUCAAGGAGCUGCUGAUCAGUAUUGAUGGAAAAGACCUAACGCUCCAGACUGAGAAAAAGGCAGGCAACCUCCUGACCGGGCUGGGCAUCAUGAAGAUUAUCAAGAAGAAGAAGCAGGCCUAUUCCAAAUAUGUGCAGUCGAUUUGUGAGAUCCUGCAAAACCAAGCCAUGGUGGCGUUCUGCAUCGCCAUCUUCCUCUUCAGCCUGGGAGCUUUCCCGCCUGUGCUGUUCAUCGAAGACGUGGCACAAAGCGAAGGACUCAUAGAGGAGGUCAGCAUCAUUCCUCUGGUCUCCAUCAGUGCCAUUGCAACAUGUGUGGGCAAACUGGUCCUGGGCAUGCUGGUGGACAUCAAGUGGAUCAACAGCAUCUACCUAUACGCCUUCACAAUGUUUGCUGCUGCCAUCUCACUGCUCUUCAUCCCCAUCACCAAGACCUACGUGGGACUGCAGAUCCUCUCUGUCGUCCUGGGAUUCUUCUCUGGGAACUGGUCCCUCACCUCAUACAUCACCACCAGAAUAGUGGGUUUGGAGAAACUGACUCAAGCCCACGGCGUCCUCAUGUUCUUUGGGGGCUUUGGCAUCAUGCUGGGACCUCCUGUUGUUGGGUGGUUCUUCGACUGGACGCAGUCGUACGACUUGGCGUUCUACUUCAGCGGCAGCUGCGUGCUGCUGGGUGCGCUCAUCCUCUCGCUCCUCUCACUCCCCUGCUGGUCCAGGAAGCGGGCCGACCGACCAGACGUAGACUACACCAGCAACUGUGACCAAGUCGCCUCAGUAGCCUGAAGAAUAAGGUGCACAUUUCAGAAAGACUGUGACUCCACUGCCGACCGCCAUCCUCUGGACGGGAACACCAUCACUUUCCUCUGCUGCCAGGUGUAACCUACCAAAUUUCCAGCUUAUGAAAUACAGGCCUUUCUGGUUAUUUGCCUGCAUUUCUCAGGGUUUUACCACAGAUUUUUCAACAAACCCUGAGGCUGACUUUUAUUUUCUAUUUACUGCCUCAUUUUACGAGGUCAAUAACGUUGUUUGUGGACACGCCGGAUUAAUAUUUGAAACCACUCUGCAAAUGCACAAUCUGAAGAAUACAGGGAGAUAACCAAGAGAGCUUUUUUAUUGUUCUUGUUUUCAUGAUGUUUUUUUUUUAUGUAUCGGUAGAUGUCACUUCUAUGUAUCUUACCAAAGCAUUAAUGAUAGUUAAUGCCUGUCAACACAUAAUGCCUGUUAGAACAAUACAAAAGCCUUUUCUGUCCAGAAGAGUUGCCUGCAAGUGCUUUGGACUUGUUCUGAAGAUACAGAAGCUGCUGUUGGAACUCUGGCUCAUGCUGUGUUGACUUGCACUGUUCAUUUCCAAAAUGUAACAGCAUGAUGGUUCUCGUUGUGGCAUGACUGUCGUGACCUUUGUUGUGACCAGGCUGGUCCUUUUUUCUUUGUCAUGUUGUGUAUCUACAGUGUCUCUGUGUGUACUUCUGAUUUGUUUGACACACUUUUGUAUUAGGACUAGUUCGUGCUCUGGACUUUUAUAUGCAUAUAACCAGCCGUAGUGCUGUUAUUGUUGUGAUAAUUGUAACGAACACAUUUGCAAUAGCCUUUUCUAGAAUCACUUGAAUAUUGUUUAAUAGACCACUUGAAAUGUUUUUGGAGGUUCCAGAUAUGUGGAUUCAGAUUUUGGAACCCGAGUGUUUUUAUUUUUUUUAUUGAUGACACUGUGCAUACGAGGUAGCCAAUGACUAGUACUGACUUAGAAGAAGGUGAUUUUUGAAAAAGUAUUAUCAUAUUUAUGUCUGUAUAUCUGCUGUACUGUUUUAUUUUGAAGGUUCCAAUAAAAUAUGUUUGGGUUA